AUGGGAUCCCAAUGCAGCACGAUUGACCAAAACCAGGACUCCAACAUUGGAUCCUCACGCUCUUCCAACUCCGUGACCUCGGUUCUAUCCACUCUCGCACCAGUCGCCGUGUAUGCUGCCGUUUGGUUCAUACUCUUCCUGAUCCUCAGGAACCGCUUCCCCCGCUACUACCGACCUCGAACAUUCCUGGGCUCGCUACGAGAUGAGCAGAGAACGCCUCGCCCCAAGGAUGGCAUGUUCGCCUGGGUCUCGGAGUUCUGGUCGAUGCCAGACACCUAUAUCCUCAACCACCACACCCUGGACGGCUACCUGUUCUUGCGAUUCCUCAAGAUCUCGGUAGUGUGCUGCUUUGUGGGAUGCUUGAUCACCUGGCCUGUACUUUUCCCAAUCAAUGCCACUGGUGGCGGCGGUAAAUCGCAACUGGACUUGCUCACCUUCGCCAAUGUCACCAACAACUACUACAAGUAUUUCGCGCAUGCGGGCUGCGCGAUUAUAUACUUUUCCUUUAUCAUUUACACCAUCACGCGGGAGAGCAUCUACUACAUCAACCUGCGGCAGGCUUACCUCAUGUCGCCGCUCUACGCCAGUCGCAUCUCCUCACGCACAGUGCUGUACACAUCCGUACCCGAAAACUACAUGGACGAAACGAAGCUGCGACGAAUCCUCAACCCUGGGGUGCGCCGUGUCUGGAUUGCUACGGAUUGCAAAGAUCUAGAGGAGAAGGUUGAAGACCGGGACAAGGCAGCUUUGAAGUUGGAGGCGGCAGAGACGAAGCUUGUCAAGACUGCAAAUGCCAAUCGAUUGAAGGCUGAGAAAGAAGGGGAGCGUCCUGCCUCUGAAGAAGCUGCCAUUGGGGAACACGGCUCCACUGCAGCCCGCUACAUCCAGCCUAAGGAGCGUCCAACACACCGUCUGAAGCCACUAAUUGGCAAGAAGGUGGACACCAUUGACUGGUGUCGUGGCGAGCUCAAGAAGCUCAUUCCUGAGGUCGAUGCUGAGCAGGCCAAGCACCGAGGACUCCAGACGAAGAAGUUGAACUCCGUGUUUGUCGAGUUCGAGACAACUGCGCUGGCCCAAGCCGCAUAUCAGAGUCUUACGCACCACCAGAUUCUUCAAAUGGCACCUCGAUUCAUUGGCAUGACUCCUGAAGAGGUCAACUGGGGCAAUCUCAGAAUCAAGUGGUGGGAACGAGUCAUCCGGGAGAUCGUUGUCAUUGCCGCUAUUGUCGCGCUCAUCGUCUUCUGGUCUCUCCCCGUGGCUGUUGUCGGUGCCAUUUCCAACAUCAACUACCUUACGUGCAUCCUUCCCUGGCUGGACUUCAUCAACCAUAUCCCCAAGGUCAUUCUCGGAGUCGUCACGGGUCUUCUUCCGACCAUUCUGCUGGCGGUGCUCAUGUCGCUUCUGCCCAUUAUUCUCCGGUUUGCCGCCAAGAUGAAGGGCGAUCCAACUGCCAGUGCUGUCGAACUCACAACGCAAAACUACUAUUUUGCCUUCCAGAUCAUUCAAGUCUUCCUGGUCGCCACCCUUGGAUCAGCGGCUUCCUCGGUGGUGCAAAAGGUCGCAUCAGAUCCAGCCAGCGUCACUACGAUUCUUGCCAACAAUCUACCCCUGGCGAGCACCUUUUAUCUGUCGUACUUCAUCUUGCAGGGCCUCGCAAUUGUGUCGGGCCUACUGCUAGGCUUGGUUGGGCUAGUUCUGUUCAUGGUGCUCGGCAAGCUCCUCGACAAGACGCCGCGGAAGAUGUACAAGCGCUGGAUCUCCCUGUCUGGCAUCGGUUGGGGCACACUGUUCCCUAUCUACACUAACUUGUUUGUCAUAGCGAUCUGCUAUGCUGCGAUUGCUCCCCUGGUCCUUGGAUUCGCCACGAUUGGUCUCUUCCUGUUCUACGGAGCUUAUCGUUACAACCUCCUGUUUGUGUCCAACGCAGUCAUUGAUACGAAGGGCCUGGUCUACCCGCGUGCUCUUCAGCAUUUGUUUGUUGGCCUGUAUGUUGCAGAGGUGUGCCUCAUCGGCCUCUUCGCCAUCGCCACCGGCUCAAGUAUCGGUGCACUUGGCCCCUUGAUCCUCAUGAUCGUCUUCCUGGUCUUCACCGCGCUGUACCAAAUCAGCCUGAAUAGUGCAAUGGGGCCAUUGCUCACCUAUCUGCCGAAGUCACUUGACGCUGAAGAGCAGCGUCUUCUGCGUCUCGACAAUGGCGUAGCUGAGGACGGCCACUACGCAGAAGGAUCCGCGAAGGAGGCGCAUACUACAAACGGUGCCCAUGAACUCAGCCCUCCACCACACAAGAAGCCCAACUUUUUCGUCAAGUGGCUGCGACCAGACAUUUACACCGACUACGAGACGAUGCGUAGACUUGUUCCCAAGGACACCGCAAUCCAUUACACCCAGCAAGCGGAAGACACUGCAUUCUUCAACCCUGCAAUCACCAGCGAGACGUCGCUAUUGUGGAUACCCCGCGAUCCCAUGGGCAUCAGCAGACAGGAGGUCCACGACUCCAGCAAGGUCAUCCCAAUCACGGACGAAGGCGCAUACCUGGACGAGAAGAACAAGAUCUGCUGGGACGCCGAAGGAGGCCGACCUCCGAUCUACGAGAAGAAGAUCUACUACUAG